CAUUUUGGCCUUGAAACACCUGACAUCCUCUACCCAAACAUGAAAAUGUGGGUACCACCCAAUAAAAAAUCCACCUCCUUCCGUAGGAAGGCCACGGACGCAGUUCAUCGUUAUUCUGCGAGUCCUUUGCCGUUGUGGAGUCGCCUCCUGGAUCACAAUGCUGAAGGACAACCGCGGAGGAGUAGCGAUAGUGACAGUGUUGUUAAGGCGGACAGCUACGAGGUGGAGAUAUCCAACCGAUUGUGGUCAUUGUGGGGCACAUGCCAGCAAGUGAAGCCCGAGGAGACUGGCACAUCGUUGGAAUCCUCAUCCGGAAGUGCUUCACCUUCCGGCAAAACGUUGGCCUGCUGUGUGCUAGCCUGUUGUGCCGGCAGUUUCCAUUCGCUGGACUCCUGGGACUCCGGGAUGUUGGACAUGAUCAUGUUGAACGGCCAUAGCUACUACGAAGAAAGUUUGGCGGCCAGGCAGCGCAGGGAUUUGGUGGGACCACUCUCCCUGGAGACUUUGAACACCUCGUGCUGCCUGGAUGGUCGCCACUUUUGGCUGGACAUCGAAAAGUUCUCCUCGGGCAAGUUGUACCACAGAACCAAGAGCUUGGGUGCUGCCCUAAGUGUAUUCUUUGCCCGGCACCUGCAAACUGGAAUCUUACAGCUUAGGGAUCAAGCGCUGGCCUUCGGAUUUAUUCCAGAGUUCGCCUCCGGAGGAGCCUUCUUCCUGUUCCACUGCCAGGCGAAGGGAGCGCCCCUUUUCAAGGACUGCGAGACUGCGCCCUAUGUCCUCAGAAUGCGGCAGUUGCAGCAGCUCCUCAACUGCAUGCUGAUCACUUUGGACGAGCGACGUUACAACGUGCCCUUCAGGAUCUACAAGGUGGGAUGCGUACCCAGUGCUGAUUGCACCAUUUUGGGGCAACAAAAUUGAUCUGUUUUUAGAAGAGAUAAUAGGCUUAAAAUUCCGAAAGACGAAACAAAAUUUUCUAUACUCUCUGUAACCCUUGAUCUGGACAACGACUUCAUUAAAAAUUAACCAAAGGAUGUCAGACAAAA